AUGAUUUCGAUUGAACAUACCUUGACCAUCGUCACAAGCGAUGUGUCCUCUUGGGACAUUCCUGAGGUAAAGAUACGAGCUUAUCUCUUCUGCGCACUGGAUCGGGUCUGGGAAUUGAAGGUUUGGUUCAAAAGGGGUUGUGUUGAUCUGCUCCGAGAUGCUUAA